AUGUCAGAAAACUACAUAGGACUAUCAAAGAACUUCUGUGGACGUCUUGGAAUUGGUCUAAGGAGAUUUGGCGCAGCUGGUGAUACCGUAACAGGGCCUAGCAUACUUCUAUCUACGCAGGAAGGUGCAAACGGCGUAGUUGGAGCCGCUGGCGUUCGUCCUUUUCCACUGGCUUCAGGCCGCGCAUCACCUGGUUCCAGGAACUGGCGCCAAUAA